UAUUCCAUUAUGACACCCGUAAGUAUUGGCGCCGUGUAAACUGCGUCAUCAGGACGUGACGACCACAAAGCGUUCAACAUGGCAGAACCAGAAGAGCAACGAAAAAUAAAACUGGUCCCAGAGAACCUUUUGAAGAAAAGAAAGGCCUAUCAGGCGAUUAAAGCAAAUCAAGCAAAACAAGCAUUGCUUGGAAAGAGAAAGAUACAGAAAGGUAAACAACUGAAGUUCAAGCGUUUUGAAGACUUCCUAAAGGAAAGCAGGGUAAAUUUCCGAGAUGAAACCAGAUUAAGACGGUCAGCACAAAAACCUUUCCGCCGCACGCAGCCUGUUACUUCAUCUCUUGGAUUUGUUAUUCGAAUUCGACAGAUCAAAGGUGUCAGCCCCAAGGUGCGUAGAGUAAUUAGGCUUCUGCGCUUGAGAAAAAUCUUCAGCGGCUGCUUUGUCAAACUAAACAAGAACACUCUGGAUGAGCUGGAGGUAGUGGCACCAUAUGUAGCAUGGGGUUAUCCUAAUCUGAAAUCUGUUCGUGAGCUGAUCUUGAAGAGAGGGCAAGGUAAAGUUGAGAAGAAGAGUGUCCCUCUGACUGACAACACUGUUAUUGAGCAACACCUUGGGAAUUAUGGCAUAAUCUGUUUGGAAGACCUCAUUCAUGAAAUUUUUUCAUGUGGAAAACACUUUAAAGAAGCCAGCUUAUUCCUUUGGCCUUUUAAAUUAUCAGUGGCUCGUCAUGCAGCAAAAGAUAAAGCAGGACUUUUGCGUGACAUUGGUGAACCAGGGCCACGGGGGGCAGACAUCAACAGAGUUAUCAGACAGCUUAAUUAAAAACAUGAGUCAAAAAUUGGAUGAAUGAAAAUGGACAUAAUUGGUUUUACUGUGUAAAACUGAACACAAAACUAUGUGUAGUAACUGCUGAAUAAGAUGUUUUGGAUGAAAGUAACAAGUGACUCUUUGGUUUCUUGCCAAAAAUUUCAAGAAUUUGAAAAAUGUAUUAAGUAUGGAUUUAAAAUGAAGGCUCGGUCUACAAGCUUGUUGAUGAUGUAGACUGUUACUGCUAAGUAUUUUGAACACCACCUUAAGUACUGUUGUUACUAUUAUA